AUGGAUCUGCAAGCAAACGCAAUCUCUUUCUGGAAUAUCGUCGACGGGCACAAUCGAGGAAGCCAGCAUACCCAUCAUGGCAUAGAUGCCAGGACCGACGCACCCCUGUGGCCUUGUCCAGUUGCUUCACUGGAGGAUCUCGAUGAUGCAGUGAAAGCUGCCCGCACAUCACUCGUGAGCUGGGCCGCGACGGAUAUAAAAGAUCGCCAACAAGCAUUACUCGCGCUUGCAGAAAGAUUAUUGGUUGAAAAGGAACUGGUCUCGGGGAUUAUCUCCAGAGAGACAGGAAAGUCUAAAUUCCUUGGUGAUCUAGAGAUAGAACACUCUAUCAAUUACUUAAGGUUCAACGCCGCUCAGUCUUUGUCCGAUGAGGUCCUGCAUGAGGAUAAUGAGGUGAAGAUCGUCAGCACACACUCCCCUAUAGGGGUUGUGGCAGCCAUCUGCCCUUGGAAUUUCCCACUCGUUCUGGCAACGGCUAAGAUAGCAGCGGCGCUCAUUAUGGGGAACUGUAUCAUUGUGAAACCAUCUCCAUUUACACCAUACAGUACGCUCAAGUUUGCGGAGAUGGCUGCUACCAUUCUUCCCUCUGGCGUCUUUCAGGCGCUCAAUGGUGAUGCCAAACUGGGUGAGUCUAUCACUCUGCAUCCAGGUAUCGACAAAAUCAGCUUUACCGGAUCAACAACGACAGGGAAGAAGAUCAUGGCGAAUGCAGCUACGACACUGAAAUCACUCACUCUUGAGCUCGGUGGAAAUGAUGCCACUGUGGUCUUCCCUGAUGUCUUGAUAGAUGAAGUUGCUCCCCAGGUUGCUGUUGCCUGCUUCUUCAAUGCGGGUCAGAUGUGUGUUGCCACAAAACGGGUAUACGUCCACGAGAGUAUCUACGAGCAGUUUAGGGAGAGCUUUGUGCAAGCUGUACGAAAUCUAAGACAAGCCCCCAGCUCUUUGAAUGUGUUCGGCCCGUUGCAGAAUAAAUUGCAAUACGAAGUGAUACGAAACUUGAUUGCGGACAGCCGCGAACAACGCCAUCAAUUUGCACUUGGAGAAGAUCAAAUUUCUCAGUCUGGACUCUUCAUCGACCCUGUAAUUAUUGAAAGACCGCCGGAUUCAGCGGCAUUGGUUCAGAAGGAACAAUUUGGUAACAAGCCCGUUCCUUUUCGUGCUUAA